AUGGCCCGUGCCACAACCAUCAAGGAUGCGCUCAAACGCUGGCAAGAGGAACACGACGGGCAGGAUCCGGUGGAGGCGUCGGACAUUCUGCUACAGUUCCGCUGGCCCCCGAUUGAGAAGAUGGACGGUACCCUCGGGACGCUGGUGAACUGUCAAAAGUUAAGCCUCUCCUCGAAUAUGAUCGAAAAAAUCGCGGGUCUCAACGGGAUGAAAAACCUGCGCAUACUUGCUCUAGGUCGAAACUAUAUCAAAUCGCUCGCUGGUAUUGAAAUGGUCGGUGAAACGCUAGAAGAACUGUGGAUCAGCUACAAUCUGAUCGACAAGCUUAAAGGAGUGGAAAGCUUGCGCAAGCUGAAGGUGCUCUACAUGGCGAACAAUUCAGUGCGCGAUUGGGGCGAGCUAGCGAAGCUGCAGGCUAUCGCCGGUACCCUCGAGGAUCUGGUGUUUUCCGGCAAUCCGUUGGUGGAAAAUCUCGAUGAAGCGGUCUAUGCGAAGGAGGUGAUGAAGCGGCUGCCGACACUCAAAAAACUCGACGGCGUACCGAUGCUGACGGAGGACGAGGACUAG